AUGCGCAGCAUCCUCCCUCCCCUGCUUCUCCUCUUCUUCGUCCUAACCAACGCCUGCACCCCACCCCCGGACCCCACCCCCGAAUACCUCACCACCCGCCCAGCGUGCACCACCGACGAAAACUGCCAGACCACAGCCAUGGAACCCAACUACUGCUUCCCCGCAGCCCACAAAUGCCUCCCGCGCCUCGCCCCGGGCACUUGCUGCGCCACCCACAACGAAUGCGCCACCAACUACUGCCACGCCGGCAGCUGUGCCAUUUCCCAGCGGGGCAAACCCUGCGCCAGUACCGUCGCCGACUGCCGUGCCACCAACACCAACGAGAACACCUCCGAGCGCUGGAUCUGCGCCACGGAAACACGCACCUGCCUACCAGCCGUGCUCCCCGUCGGGGCCUCGUGUCUCGUGGACGAGCAGUGCGGGUUCGGAGCUUGUCAGGCCGGGCCAGCCCCUUUCAGGAACCUUGCAGAGAUGAAUGGACGGGACAAAGGGAAGAGAUCGAAGAGGAUAUAUGGCCCCUUCUUAUCACAUGACAUGGAAAGCCUCACGCAGCAGAAGCCAAGAGAGGGAAUGAUGAACAAUGGGUGCACACUCACCAUUGCCCUUCGGCUGCAAAGAGACAACACACGCUAG